AUGCGCUCCGCUGAGGAGCUAUCGAAUAUAUGGAAGGAAGCCAAGAAAAUCUUCCUCAAUGCGCGUGAUUGCAAGGAUGGUGGUCGAGAUGAGAAUGCGUGGUGCGAUGAUGUGGUGCGGCCUCUGGUUCAUCUGGCAAUUAAAUCGGACGGUAAUGACAGAUGGUGGUUCCAGAGUGUUCAAUCGCAGCCCAUUAAUUCACUCUACCUCUCCACGGUCCCUGCACCCUCUCCAACCGACUCCGGCCGCCGUAAAUCCAUGGACCGCAAAACCGACUACGUCCUCUCAUACUCACAUCGUCACCCCGAGAUCCCAGCCCUCUACAAAGGGUUAGACGCCGCGAAUAACAGGGAUAUCGGACGCACUCUCGAUACAGUCACAAGGCGGACCGCUCUCUUUUCUGGCUUUGAGAUUGAGCCGGCAUCCGGAGACCACAUAGAGGCGGAGCUCCAGAUGAGUAUAUGGAUCGCCGCAUCCUUGCGCAAAAAGCAAGAGCUAGCGCGAAUUUCGCAAACUUCGUUUGAACCAUCGACGAUUAUCGAGCCUGCGCUUACUAUCGUCGGACACGAGCAUUCCAUCUACUACGCAUAUCCGCGUGAGAAUCUGGUAUCUGGGAGAAGCGGUGUGCACGUUUUAGGUCCAGAUCUGGAUCGGUUUGAGAGGCUGAGUACGGAUUCCAUACGUGGAAUUUUUCGGUUACUUAAGUUACUGUACUAA